ACGGUAGUUCAUACGCUCCUACGAUAGGAAUUGUCAUCUGUUUAUCUUGCAACGAAUUAGUAUAUACCGGAAAAAAGUUUAAAACUAUGGAGAAUCAUUGGAAAUCUGCAUGCACUGGUAAUAAAUAUUGCGAACUUAAGUAUGGAGACUUUUUGAAAAUUAAACAUAAACCCGAAUCUGAUUGUACAUUCGACGAUAUGCGUGCCUUGCACUAUUAUGAGCUAUGGAUAGCAAACGCAAUUAAAAAACUUAAACGCGCAAGGAAGGCCGGGGUUGUACGGCAGAAAAAG